AGAAGAGGUGGGGGCUUUGGGGAACUAAUUAUGUCCAGCGGGUGUACAGUAAAACAGUUGCAUUGCUGCUGUGCUCGACUCGAACUGUAAAUGCAAAAAUUGGAGGAUCUGCGUGCUUUUGAGACCCCCAAAACACAGUCUGCCUGAAACAUGACGCUGACGAGAGGAUCCUUCACCUACUCCAGUGGAGAGGAGUACCAUGGUGACUGGAAGGAAGGUCGAAGACACGGGGUUGGGCAGUUAAAAUUCUCCGAUGGUACAUGCUAUACAGGACAGUUUGAGAACGGGCUGUUCAACGGCAGUGGAGUCUUGGCAUUUUCUGAUGGGUCAAGGUACGAAGGGGAUUUUGCACAGGGGAAGUUUCAGGGGUGUGGAGUGUUCACUCGGUUUGAUGGGAUGAAGUUUGAAGGGGAGUUCAAAAGCGGACGUGUGGAGGGAUACGGCUUGUUGACAUUCCCAGACGGAGCGCACGGAGUCCCCCGGAACGAGGGAGUGUUCGAGAACAACAAGCUGCUGAAAAGAGAGAAGUGCCAGGCAAUGAUUCAGAGGGCGCACAGUGCAGCCAAAACAGCCCGCGGGCUGUUGUUGUGACAGUGGAGAGACAGUUACCAAUAGGGACCUCAGGGAUGGAUGACAGGGUGGCACUUUGCUCUCUUUUUGUUUCUGUUCUGCUGUGUGUGGUUGGCACUCAGCAGUACUGCACUACAGUGCUCUGUCUCUCUGCAUUGCAUUGUGGUAAAGCCACUUUUUGCAUGGUUGGUUUUAUGGAGCUUAUCCUGCUGGGAGACUGUACCUACCCAAAAGGAGCAAUAUGAAACAGAGGGUCUCACUCCGCUUUGAAUUCUUAUAGGGCUUAUACUCCUGGGGCAGUCCGUCUCCUUAUAAUUUUCAAUCAGUGUGAUUCUGUUCUCUUGAGUUUUCAUUAUAGACUCUAAUUGGUGAGUCUUAGCCCGUACAGAACAUCAGAACCACAGUCUAAAAGUGCUUACCACAAGCCUGACUUUAAACCCCAGGUAAGGGCUUUAUGACAUGCAGAGCUACAACACUGUGUCAUCCAUUGCUGACUGUUACAGCGUUCAAAUACUGACACUCUCAGCUGCUUAACGUGCAUUUGAAGUUUAAAUUAAUGGAAAAAAGCGUGAAUAGUAAUAUUAUUAUCAUUGUUCUUCUUAUUGUUGCUGUUAUUACUAUUAUUGUUGUUGCUGAUAUCAUUAUUUAUUAAUGCUGAGGAAGCUUGCUUGAUUGUUUUUCACACAUUAUGGAAAGAAAUACGUUUUAUGCUUGUAACAUUAACACACUUUUGCCUUAAUAUUGUGUUUUGUGUUCUUAAGGUGCAACGAGUUAAUAUGGGCUACCAGUCACUUGUCUCCAGCCAAGUGACUCUCUGCACUUAUCUGCUUUAAGUAGGUAUUUGUUCUAAUCAGGUUCUUAGAAAAGAUUCUACUUUUUUUUUUUUUUACUGCAGCAUGAUGUGCACAGAAUAAUUUCUUUUUUAUGUGCUCUGGAAAGUAACCGAGAUUUCAAAUGAAUAUUUAGGGCUGGUUGUGAGCAGAAACCUGUAAUAUAAUUUACUCUUGCUAGUUCUUGGUUGGUAGGUGGAUGCUAAACGUCAAGUCUGAUGGGAAGACAGCUUUGUUAGUAUCUAACCUGCUGCUGCUGGCAAGCUAACAGCCAAUUCCUCUCCAGUGCUUCAGCAUCUGCUUCCCACUACAGUGUAGAGGGGUGCUAAAUGAUACAGGCCAAGCUCUAUGUUUCUGAAUGAACUGAGCAAGAAUAGGACUUUUUUGAAAAUCUUGCCACUACAAUGUUUUCUUCAGUGAUACAUUUAAAAAAUAAAUAUAGAUUAGAAAAACGGUGAAAUGAGAACACAAUAUAAAUGAUAUUGUCUCUGUAUCACACACAGACUUGGGAGUCAAUUCAUGUUUUUAAAUUCCUAUUCCAUUUUCAAUUCUUUUCUAAAAUCAAUUCCAAUUUCCAUUCCCUUUUAAUUAAAUCCAACACAUAAUUGAUCAAAAUUGCAAUUAGCAUUGUUCUGUUAAAAUGAGAUUCUCACAGUGGCAACACAUUACUUAAAUUGAAGUCACUGUUAGUCAAUUAAAUUGGCUUCAAAUGAAGGCAAUUGAACAAUCACAACAAUUAUUAAGUCUCUAAAAUAUCAAUUCCUUCACAGGACUCUAGGUCAGAUUUGUUGUCUACUCACAAUGACUGUAAAUAAGUCCACACUAGUGAUCAAGUUAUGUAAAUAAACAGGUUGAACUAGACGUGGAUUGGUAUUAAAAGCACCUAACAUUAACAAACUAACAAUUAUUUGUAGAUUAAGCAUUUUGUAUAAAAAAACCCACCCAUCUUGACUGGUAUAUUCAUUUAAAAUGGAUGCCUAUCAUGUCUGGUUACCAAAGUGAUAUUCAGACUACAGCGCGACACAACUCAGUUGACUCUUCCUGAGUGAUUAGGCCUUUUACAAUGUUGGUCUCGGGACGUUACAAAUAAAGGGAACUUAAAAGUGUUCCCAUGCCAGUAUCUAAUCAGGUUAAAGUCCAGUCCAACAUACCUUAGGACUGUAUUUGUGCCUGACAAAAAGGCGGUUAACAAAAUCAAGCAAAACACGAUCACACAGUUCAGAAGCCCUGUGCUAUACAGAGCCCGCCUAUGCACAAAAUCAGGAGUCAGGGAUUUUAAAAGUAAAGCUAAUGAAAUACACUGCAAUCUCUAAAGUAGAGAAUCUGAAUUUAAAACCUGCACUCUGGCUCAUUGUACCAAGUUAGAUUACAACAGCAGAAUCCGUCUUGGAUCAUCCCAUCAUUUAAAACAUAACCCUGUAUUUUGUUUUUUGAACUGAGGCAGCCUUUGAGGUCCCUCAUUUAAAACAUAAACCCUCUGGCAUGUUCUGGUUAUAUAUAAAUUAUUAACCUGCAAGACUUAUUUAUGGUAACCAGGAGUUGGAACAGACAUGACAACCAUCAAUUCUAAAAGACUAUACCAGUCAAGGUGUGUGAGCUUUUUCAUACAGAACGAUUAAACUACAUAAGUGUUAGUCCAAGAUUGAAACAAUACUUGUCUGCAGAUUAAAUGACCUAAUCGACAGAAUCAGAUUCCUUGGCCACAGUCCACAUGUGGGUUAUGGGGGCAGUUAUUGCUGCUUUUAAUACAGAUCAGAAUAAUUGUUGUUUAAUUAUUGAUGUUGUAGAUUUCAUGUAGAAAACCCAUCCCUUCCCUUUCCUUCCACAAAAGAGUCCAAAUAUACAGGGAGCUGUUUUUGUAGUUGGUGUGCUCCUUAUAUUCUUCAUGGCCUUUUCUUUGAAAUAUUGCUGUGCUGCUGUUUGUGCCUUGAGCUUAAGCCUUGCAAAUGAUUCAAAACUUCCCCUCACCCCAUAAGCAAACAGAGGCCCCGUCCUCUUCCUGACAGCGCUACAAAGCAAUCUACACAGUGAUUGUUUUGGGAGGGGUGGGGGGGUUUGUGUGGGAUAGGGUUUAGCUAUGUAUGAAAAUGUUCACAUGCACGAUACACAGGUCACUGAAUUGCCUGCAGCAUUCACAGAGCAAAAGUUAUCAGGCCUCUGCUUUUAUUGCUAAGGUUUGGCGUUGCUAUUUGGCAACAGGGUUCUGAUUGUCAAAUGGUGGUUUUAAAAUCCAGGGACGACCUUGAUAACUGACUGCUGCAUUUUUAAUAUUAGAAUGUUUUUUUUCUAAGCAGCAGUGCCCCCAUGUGGUUAAUCUGCGAUAUACACUGUAGAUGCAACAUGGAAUGCAAGAUUUAAAUAUUGUUCAGAAAGACACACUGAGCUUUCUAAGUUUUUGCAUUGUGUGCAGCUUGCUGUUACGUGAAAGCUUUAACACAACUGUAACCAAGGAGUACUGAAAUAAAUACCUUUACAUUACAAA